UAGACCCUGGGAGACCAGGGGACUGUGAGCCAGGCCAGCGGAGCAGAGGGUGCAGAAGCCAGACUAUCCAAGUUAAUUGGCCUUUUCAAGUGGAAUCAGGAGAAAUUCCCAAUUCAGAGAGACUGAGAUAGCCCUGUCUCUAACCGGCUCUGUCUCUCUCCAGACCUGGCUCGCUUACUUGCUGUACAAAAUGAUAUUCCUCACAGCACUGCCUCUAUUUUGGAUAAUGAUUUCAGCUUCCCGAGGAGGUCACUGGGGUGCCUGGAUGCCCUCAUCCAUCUCAGCCUUCGAGGGCACGUGUGUCUCCAUCCCCUGCCGCUUUGACUUCCCGGAUGAGCUCCGACCAGCGGUGGUACAUGGUGUCUGGUAUUUUAAUAGCCCCUACCCUAAGAACUACCCACCAGUAGUCUUCAAGUCCCGCACACAAGUGGUCCACGAGAGCUUCCAAGGCCGCAGUCGCCUGCUGGGGGACCUGGGCCUUCGCAACUGCACCCUGCUGCUCAGCACGCUUAGUCCCGAGCUGGGAGGCAAGUACUACUUUCGUGGGGACCUGGGCGGCUACAACCAGUACACCUUCUCGGAGCACAGCGUUCUGGACAUCAUCAACACCCCCAACAUCGUGGUGCCCCCAGAAAUGGUGGCAGGAAGUGAAGUAGAGGUUAGCUGCAUGGUGCCUGACAACUGCCCGGAGCUGCGCCCAGAGCUGAGCUGGUUGGGCCAUGAGGGGUUGGGGGAGCCGACUGUCCUGGGUCGGCUGCGAGAGGACGAGGGCACCUGGGUGCAGGUGUCACUGCUACACUUCGUGCCCACUAGAGAGGCCAACGGCCACCGUCUGGGCUGUCAGGCCGCCUUCCCCAACACCACCAUGCAGUUCGAGGGCUACGCCAGCCUGGACGUCAAGUACCCCCCGGUGAUCGUGGAGAUGAACUCCUCGGUGGAGGCCAUCGAAGGCUCCCACGUCAGCCUGCUGUGCGGGGCUGACAGCAAUCCACUGCCGCUGCUGACCUGGAUGCGGGACGGGACGGUGCUGCGGGAGGCGGUGGCUGAGAGCCUGUCCCUGGAGCUGGAGGAGGUGACCCCUGGGGAGGACGGCGUCUAUGCCUGCCUGGCAGAGAACGCCUAUGGCCAGGACAACCGUACCGUGGAGCUGAGCGUCAUGUAUGCACCUUGGAAGCCAACGGUGAAUGGAACAGUAGUGGCUGUGGAGGGGGAGACAGCCUCCAUCCUGUGCUCUACACAGAGCAACCCAGACCCGAUUCUCACCAUCUUCAAGGAGAAGCAGAUCCUGGCUACAGUCAUUUAUGAGAACCAGCUCCAGCUCGAGCUGCCAGCAGUGACACCAGAGGAUGACGGGGAGUAUUGGUGUGUGGCGGAGAACCAGUACGGCCAGAGGGCCACAGCCUUCAACCUGUCUGUGGAGUUUGCUCCCAUGAUCCUCCUGGAGUCACACUGUGCAGCGGCCCGAGACACGGUGCAGUGCCUAUGUGUGGUGAAAUCUAACCCAGAGCCCUCUGUGGCCUUCGAGCUGCCAUCGCGCAACGUGACUGUGAACGAGACAGAGCGGGAGUUUGUAUACUCAGAGCGCAGUGGCCUCCUGCUCACCAGCAUCCUCACGCUACGAGGACAGGCCCAGGCCCCGCCCCGGGUCAUCUGUACCUCCAGGAACCUCUAUGGCACCAAGAGCCUGGAGCUGCCCUUCCAGGGAGCCCACCGACUGAUGUGGGCCAAGAUUGGGCCUGUGGGCGCCGUGGUUGCCUUUGCCAUACUGAUUGCCAUUGUGUGCUACAUCACCCAGACACGCAGGAAAAAGAACGUGACAGAGAGCCCCAGCUUUUCAGUGGGGGAUAACCCCCAUGUCCUAUACAGCAGUGACUUCCGAAUCUCUGGGGCACCUGACAAGCAUGAGUCCAGACAGGCCUCUACUCUGGAAAGUCACUGAGAGCCCCGGGAGAGUGAGAGGCGCCUGGGAUCUGAGAGGAGGCUGCUGGGCCUUCGGGGGGAACCCCCAGAGCUGGACCUGAGUUAUUCCCACUCAGAUCUGGGAAAACGACCUACCAAGGACAGCUACACCCUGACGGAGGAGCUGGCUGAGUAUGCUGAAAUCCGUGUCAAGUGAGGAAGCUGGGGCUGCCCAUGUGGCUAACCCCCCCUCAGGACCCUUGCUGGCCCCCACUGGCUGUGGGCUCCCUUCCUCCUGAAAGCGGUGGGGGCCGGGGCAGGAAGGGGCAGGGCAAGUGACCGUGAGGUCCUGGGGGCCUGGCCUCUCCCUCCUUCCCAGCUGCCCCUCCCUGCCAGAACCCCAUGCCCAUAUUAUAGCUCCUCUCUAGCCUCCUUUUAACCUCAGCUGUCUGGAGGGGUGGCUCUGUCUGUCCAUGUUAUUUAUUGUUAUCCUUUUCCUGGUCUCCUGUCUCCAUACCUAGCCCUGACACCUGUACAAAAGGGGAACAAAAUAAAUGUCCCAACACCAAAUACCA